GCCAAAUAUUCGUUAUAUUCUGCGUUUCAUCUCAAAAAAGCUUCCUUCAUUUCUCCCCCCAAAAGAUUAAAACUUCCAGAUUGAAAGAGAUUGAUAGCUCUUUCUGUUAAAGCUUUUUCUUUGGAAUUUGAUAUUAAAUAUACCUUCCAACAUAAAUUCCCAUCUUAUAUAUAUCCCACUUUCUGUUGCUUCUUCUCUGAAUUUUUUUGAAUUUGCUGAAUUUCCCCAACUAACUUAUUGAGAGACUCUACAACUGUUUUUUUACACCAUUUUUUAGUUACAGUUCUAUUAGAAAAUGGGUAUGGAACACGGGUUUUCGACACCGAGAACUGAAACAUUUCCUGCUGGAUUGAGGGUGCUGGUUGUUGAUGAUGAUCCUACUUGGUUGAAAAUUCUGGAAAAGAUGCUCAAGAAAUGUUGCUAUGAAGUAACUACUUGUGGGCUAGCUCGUGAGGCUUUGAAAUUGCUCCGUGAUAGAAAGGAUGGAUUUGACAUCGUCAUCAGUGAUGUCAACAUGCCUGACAUGGAUGGCUUCAGACUUCUCGAGCAUGUUGGACUUGAGAUGGACCUGCCAGUUAUAAUGAUGUCUGUGGAUGGGGAAACCAGCAGAGUCAUGAAAGGGGUUCAGCAUGGUGCAUGUGAUUAUCUCCUCAAACCAAUUAGAAUGAAGGAGCUUAAGAACAUAUGGCAGCAUGUUGUGAGGAAGAGAAUGCAUGACGUGAGAGACAUUGAGUGCUUUGAAGAUAGAAGCGGAACAGACCAUUCUUAUGAUGGACUCUAUGGAGGUGAACAAAAUUUUUUAAAGAAAAGAAAGGAUGUAGACAUCGAAAAAGAUUCAAGUGAUCCUUCUACCACAAAGAAAGCUAGAGUUGUUUGGACUGUGGAUCUCCACCAAAAAUUUGUGAAAGCUGUAAAUCAGUUAGGCAUUGACAGUGAUAAAAUAGGUCCGAAAAAGAUAUUGGACCUCAUGAGUGUUCCUUGGUUAACAAGGGAGAAUGUUGCUAGCCAUUUGCAGAAAUAUCGGCUUUAUCUAAGCAGGCUGCGUAAAGAAGAUAAAGAAAACUCUUUUGGUGGAAUGAAGAAUCCAGAUCAUUCCGCCAAAGAAUCCAGUGGAAGUUUUAUUAGUAUCCAGAACUCCAAUUUUGGGAAACAUGACAUUACUAGCAAGCAUGUAUAUCAGGGAAAUCAGUUGCCUGUUCAGACUGCUGAUUCUAAACCUCCUGACAAUGAUCCAGAAAGCAGCAAAUUGUUGCCACUAACAGAACAUAUAAUACCUUUCAGUUCUGAAGAUUGUGAUUCUCACACUAGGAACUCACAGUUAGGCCUCAAUCAUACUUAUGAGUCUUUGGAUAUGAGUGUAAAGCAAGCAUCAUUUGAUUCUCCUGUUUCUGGUCAGUACCCUUGGAGCGGAGAAGUACCAGAUCACCUGCAGUUUGAACCUGAGUUAAAGGCACAUCCAAAUCUGGAGAGUUGUACUUUCAACCAGCCGACUGUGCCUAUUUUGCACCAGCAUAUCAGUCCUGAAAUUCUUGAGCCUGCUCCACACAUUAGUCCUGGUACUUCAAUUAGCAAAAGCAACAACAUAGGCCUCGCUGAUAUCAAACCCUUGAAUGCUAACGAGUGUGGCAAUGAUACAGGGAAACUAUCCCCUAUGGAAAGCCCACUUGGGUCAUAUUCUGUGCCAAAUUCUGAUGCUCUUGGAUGUGUUUUUGACAUGAAAGGUCAGAACUUUAGUCAGGGAGUCAGUUUCAAGGAACAGCCUGUAUUUGAAAGACCGCUUCAGUCAUUUCCUAUACAACCCGCGAGUCAUCUAGUAGAUGCACAAGGUUUAGAUCCCUGCUUUGAUGUGACAUUGGAAAUGAAGAAGCAGAUUUCUUGUCAGAAUCGUAGCAUAAUUGAUCCAAGUAGUGUAAUCAGUUCUGAAUCUGAGCUGAGAAACCAAGUGUUCGGGAGUGAAUUGGCUUCUGGACUCCUAAGUGAGGACAUGAUGUUUCGGUGGCUUCAAUAUGGUGAUGUAACCUCAAAAGAUUUUGGGUUGGAUUACAUAGGAUUCACAGGGUGCAAUUUUCCAGAUUUUGACUCUGAAACUCCUUUACCACCUUACAUGCCGAAGUUGGAUCAUGAGUAUCUUCUUGAUUGGGCAUAAUAUCGUCUUGAUCACAUCUGUUCUCGAUCAGAUCUAGAUGAAUGAGCUUGUAAAGGAGACCUUCCAUGAAAUACUUGUUCGGUACCACCAGAAACUGGAUUAUAACUAUAAUCAUCCUAGUAUAGACUCUUGAGCCAUGUAUAACACUGAGUGUCAACAAUUUAGAAUAAUAUCAACUUUUUUUUUUGAAACUUUUGUGUGCAUUUCAUACCGAGAACAAAAGGUUUCUUCCCUAUUCCUAUGGCGCAAUUGAUUACUUCAUAACCCAACUUGUAGCAUGGUUUAUAGCAAUUGAAUUCUGCGUUUCUCCGAAUCUCCGAUCGUACACUGGUGAGGGCAGGAGAUAGUUGCUCAUUCAACUGACUAGCUGAGUACAUCUGGUGAGGGCUGUAUCAUGUUUCAUAGGGGUUAAUGAUUUAGGUAACCUUGAGCUGAAUUUACACUAACUGAAAUUCAAGGAAUGACGGAAUGUACAUCAACAUUACAUAUAGAGAGAUUAUUCCUGCCAUGGCCGUGGAAAGAGAGGGACAAAAUUUCCAUUGAAUCAAAAGAAUUAACAUGAAAAAGGUCGUACAACAGGUAAACUUCUUUUAUUUUAUAGGAGCUUAGUUAGUUAGUCGGUUAUGCUGAGUCAAUGGGUUUGUUAUAAAGUUGUUACAGUUUUUUUAUAAAGGGCGAACGAACAGGGGACCGGUGGAGGCCCGGCCCCCCGGUCCGGGUGAGUAUCGAUCCCUAGAUAUUUUUAAAUCGGCAGAGAUUAUUGUAUUAGAGAUAAUGAUAGUGUCGGGAAAAGGCCUAAAACCCCGAACCGAGGUUGGAGCCGGGUGAUGAGCCUUGGUGGUGUGACGCGAACCUAUGCAGCAGUGUGGAUUAAUAACCCGGCUGUGGAAAAAUCCGGCACGCCGGCUUGAUCAACUUCUAUACCAAUGUGAGGAUCCCCUACACGGAACACCAGUUGGAGAGGGUAAAACUAGUGACUAAGAAUUGCACCGAAUGCGCGAUUUGCUUGGAGAAAUUCAACAUUAUAUCCAAACAUACUACGUUUAGGUUGUGGGUCAAUGUGGUCACAGAUUUCAUGAGGUUUGCAUGGAUUCUUGGUAUAACAAGCAGGGCAACCGCACUUGUCCUACUUAUCCUAAGUAUAUAAUUAAAUAAUCAUGAAAUUAGUCUACAUUCUCUAAAUUAUUCAACAGUUUUUGCCCAAAUACAAGAGAUGAUAACUACCUCAAAUGAUCAUGGGGUUUAAUCUUUAAUAUCAUAUGUUCAAUAAGAAAUGAAAUUAGUCUACCA